AUGCCUCCAUACAAGGUUGAGCCACCUACUGAUUGUGACGUCGACUUCGAUCCUGUUCGACUCGCUGAUAAAACUGCAAUUGUUACUGGAGGAGCCAGUGGCAUUGGAGAAGCCUAUGUAAGAGCCUUACACAAAGCAGGUGCCAAAGUUGUGAUUGGUGAUAAAGAUUCCACUGCUGGCGAGAGACUUGCGUCCGCGUUACCUGGGACAAAGUUUGUCCAAGUGGAUGCCACUGUGUGGGAAGAUCAAGUGCGACUAUUCAAAGAGGCAGUAGGAUUCUCAAGCUCUGGCAAAAUCCACUAUGUUAUUGCCAACGCAGGUAUCACAAAGCACGACCAAACAUUUACAUUUGACGGCAAAGAUAAAGAGCCUGAGAAACCAGACCUGCAGACCAUCGACGUGAAUCUGAAAGGCACGCUAUAUACCGCAAAACUCGCGAUGCACUAUUUUGUUUCGCAAAAUAGAACUCAAGCCCAAGACAGUCAGGAAGAUACGUGCCUGAUCCUGGUCAGCUCAGGAGCUGGCUUUCUCGAUGUGCCCAGGGGUCCGGAGUACAGUAGCACGAAAUGGGCAGUUCGAGGGAUCAUGCACGCCUUGCGAAGAACAACAUUCUACUAUGGUAGCCGUGUAAACGUCAUUGCGCCGUGGUAUAUUCGCACAGGUAUCUUGUCAAAAGAACAAUUCGACCAAGUUGAAGAAUCAGGUGUCGAGUUUGCAACAGCCGAGGACGCAGGUGAAUGUGCAUUGAGGAUAUUGAGCGACCCAAGCGUCAACGGGAGGACGCUCUUUGUAUGUGCGCGAAAAUGGGCUGCUCGUGGCUACGUGGAUUUGAACAUUGAGGAUUAUCCUCAUAGCCCAUUGAUCCAAGAGAUGCAGGAGGAUCAGAUAAAGAACGCACCAGUUGAGUUAGGGCUAUACAUCUGA